GUGUAAAGAAAAUCAGAAGACUAAAGGGAGGCGUAAUGGGGGGUUUAUCAGAGUCGAAGAUCCUCCAAGAACUGGUUCUGUACGCUGCAAGCGCAGCACUGAGUUGCUUGGUCUUGUUCGCUGGUCUCCGUCAAUUUGACCCAACCCGCGAAGCAUCGAAGAAGGCCCUUCAACACAAGAAGGAGAUUGCCAAACGCCUUGGUCGCCCCCUCGUUCAAACUAACCCUUACGAGGAUGUCAUAGCGUGCGAUGUUAUUAAUCCUGACAACAUUGAUGUGGAGUUCAACUCUAUUGGGGGACUGGAAACUAUAAAGCAAGCUUUGUUUGAGCUUGUUAUUCUGCCUCUAAAAAGACCUGACUUGUUUUCUUAUGGUAAGCUUCUUGGACCACAAAAGGGUGUGCUGUUGUAUGGACCUCCUGGCACAGGGAAGACCAUGCUUGCCAAAGCUAUUGCUAAGGAAUCUGGAGCAGUUUUCAUCAAUGUGAGGAUAUCAAACCUGAUGAGCAAGUGGUUUGGUGAUGCCCAAAAACUUGUGGCUGCUGUAUUUAGCCUAGCUCAUAAGCUCCAGCCUGCAAUCAUAUUCAUUGAUGAAGUUGACAGUUUUUUGGGUCAGCGUCGCACAACAGAUCACGAGGCUUUGUUAAACAUGAAAACUGAAUUCAUGGCUUUAUGGGAUGGCUUUACAACUGAUCAGAAUGCUCAGGUUAUGGUCCUUGCUGCAACUAAUCGUCCUUCAGAACUUGAUGAAGCAAUACUUCGACGUCUUCCUCAAGCGUUUGAAAUCGGCAUGCCACAUCAAAAGGAGAGGGCUGACAUAUUGAAGGUUAUCUUGAAGGGUGAGAGGGUUGAAGAAAACAUUGACUUUGACCACAUAGCUUACUUAUGUGAGGGUUACACUGGUUCAGAUAUAUUUGACCUAUGCAAGAAAGCUGCUUAUUUUCCAAUUAGAGAACUGCUGGAUGAAGAAAAGAAAGGGAAAAGUUCUUCUGCACCUAGACCAUUGUCACAGACAGAUUUAGAGAAGGUCCUUGCCACUUCACGGAACACAAAGGUUGCUGCAAGUGAAUACAGUGGAUUAAGUGCAGAUGCACUAAGAUGGACAGGGCACAGGGAACCAGGUGACUAUCAGGUUCAAGCUGCAAUUAGUGAACUCUCUAAGUUUGUUUCUCACAUGAUUAACCGUCAGCCAGAUGCCAAGGAUCUUUAAAAUGCUACCUUUCUUAGUUUCUUUAGAGCAUUAUUUGACUGUCAAUGCAGAUUAGCCCCAAGUUUGUAAACGCACCGAUCCCAUACUUAUAUUAAUUCCAGUAAAUGUUAUUAAGCAUCUUACGAUGAGUAUAAAAAUGCGUGGUGGCCAUUGCAUUUUGUUGACACUGAUGUAAUUAUCCUUAGUGGAUUACUACUUAAUAUUUGUUUUAAGAAAUUUAUUGUUGCUGAUUAAAAUUUCGCUAAUGCAAAGAUAAUUUUGUUUCUU